AUGGAGGCCCAAGCGACACAUGUCCAUCAAUCACUGCCGCCACUUCCUGCGCUUGGCCAAAAGCCUCAUUAUACUCGGAUUUUAACCCUGUUCCCUGGCGACAUGGAUACUCCUCUAUUCUGCACAAUGCAAAUCAUUGACCUGAAUCAUCCUCCCUUUGCAUUUGAAGCACUAUCCUACGUCUGGGGUAAAGCAAAGUCACCUGAACAUCUCUUUUGCGAUGAUGGCCAUCUCGAAAUCACCAUGAAUCUGGACAAGGCUUUGAGACAUCUCCGACUCAGCAGUAUGAGUCGAAGGCUUUGGGUUGAUGCUAUUUGCAUCGAUCAAACAGAUCUUGCAGAACGAGCCCGUCAGGUUCAGUAUAUGCGACUCGUCUACAAACGCGCUUCUCGAACGAUUGUUUGGCUUGGCGAAAAGCAGGACUGGACCGAGACAGCCAUUGCCUUUGCAAAAGAGCUAGUCAGCUUGAAGGCUGAUUUCAUUGGGAAUCUUGGCUUGUCAAGUAGUAGAGAACCGGCUCCGGCUAGAGACCCAGCCCAGACAGACCAGGGCAGAAGAUCCUAUGCAUACUCACUACUAUCCAACGUUUUUAAGAGCAAUCAAGAAGGGGCCGAAGCUUUAUCGAAGCUGUUUGGAUGUGAAUACUUUACUCGGGUCUGGUGUAUACAGGAGGUGGUGGCUUCAAGCUCUAGCAUCCUCAAAUUGGCAGAUCUUGAGAUCGACAUGAAAGACCUUUUGUCACUGCUCCCCCUUGUACUUGAUCGACGAGGGUUGAAUCUUGAGCCGACGACUUUACAAUUGUGGCGAGGGGUUUUCGAAAUGCCCCUUAUCUACAAACAGCUCAAUCACUCACCGCCUGAGGGUUCUCUCGGAACGAUGUUGGUUAUCUUGACUUCCAUCAGGGACUUUGGAGCAACGGACCCCAGAGACCGCAUCUUUGCCAUCCUUGGAAUCACCGACGAGGGCUUGGAGCCAGUCUACAGCAUCACCGAAAGCAAUUGGCUGGCUGAUGUUGCUCGCAAGGGUUAUUCCUGGAUUUCGCGCCGAAUCAAUUCGAUCUCUCCGGCUCUAGAGCCAAAUCGACACCCUGCAUUGAUCCCAGACUACAACAAGAGCAGGCGAGAAGUCUAUCAGGAGUUCACGCGCUAUUGCAUCUGGAAGCCUCCACGACUUCUCACCGUUCUCGGGCACAUUCAACAUCACGAGGAUCCAGAAACUGUUCUCGACUUUCCCAGCUGGGUACCGAGAUUCGAUCAAUGUAGGAUAGUUUCCAAGUUCAUUCCGGAGUUGUUCUAUGCAGGCGUGCCUACCAAGUUCCAAAUGUACAUCGCAGAGACCCACGACAAUCCUUUUCAUUCUUCAAGUCCAUUCAGUAACCCAAUCGAAGAGCCAGACAUCCUUCAACUAAAUGGCUUUCAAGUCGACACAAUAAGCGCGGCAACAGACGUAUUCACGCAAGGAGCUGACGAAACACUUUUCGCCACCUUACUUUGGAGUCAGCUAUUCCCUCACCCAUUGUUCCCAAGAGUGCCGGGGCAAGUGCAUCAAUAUCAGUUCAGCAAAAUGGCAACUGAUGUUGCCUUUUUACAGACUUUGUGCGCUGGAGGCAUGUUUUCGGCAUGUUCCCAACUAAUGAACUCGUCGACCCAGCCUGGAAAGACUCGGCAAGCCCGUUUGGAACAGUCACAAAGGCUAGCAGCGCAAGCGAUCCUCAGAUGGCUUCGAGAUAGGCCAGAGAUCGACUGUAACGAUUAUCCGGACCUUGGACCACCACCAAUAGAUGAGUUCCACGGGACCUCGAUAGAGAGAUACCAGGAUCAAGCUAUCAGUUUAUGCGCCAACAGAAAGGUCUAUAGGACAGCGACUGGUAUUCUCGGAUUAGGACCAAAGUUCUUGAAACCAGGAGAUUGCGUUGUGAUAUUAUUUGGAGGAUCAUUUCCUAUUGUUCUUCGACCGCAGGGUCGUGACUGGAUCUUGAUUGGUGAGACGUAUUUGCAUCAUGAUGAGAUUUGUCUUGGGCAGUUAGCGGCGAAGGCCAAGAGUCGAAAGAGCCAAGUCAACGUGAUGCGAUUUAGGAUCCGGUAG